AUGAGAGAACUGUUAAUUUUUCCAAAAUGGCAAACCAUAUCUUGUUUUUCACUGCAUUUAUAUUGCUUCCUGCUCUUGGAACAUCGGACUCUAUUUUAGCACAAUUCAGAAAUAUCAAGAAGAGAAAUGCUGAUGAUGUGACUAUCAAUGGUAUAGAAUUCUACAGCAUAAAAAUUGAUUGCAAAGUGACUUCUCGAUUUGCCCACAAUGUCAUCACCAGCCGAGCUGUUAACCGGGCCAAUAUAUCCAAAGAAGUCAUUUUUGAUGUUGACCUCCCUAAGACAGCUUUCAUCACCAAUUUUACCAUGACAAUUGAUGGUGUCACAUAUCCUGGGAACAUAAAAGAAAAAGAGGUUGCAAAAAAGCAAUAUGAGAAGGCUGUUUCAAAAGGACAGACUGCAGGCCUUGUCAAGGCUUCUGGAAGAAAAACUGAAAAAUUCACUGUUUCAGUCAACAUCGCAGCAGCCAGUAAAGUCACUUUUGAACUGACCUAUGAGGAACUGUUGAAACGACAGUUUGGAAAAUAUGAAAUGUUCAUCAAAGUAAAACCAAAGCAGCUUGUCAAAAACUUUGAGGUUCAGGUAAACAUCUUUGAACCCCAAGGUAUCAGAGAGCUGGAAGCAGAAGGAACAUUUAUCACCAAUGACUUAUCAGAUGUCAUUAAAAAAUCUUUCUCAGGAAAAAAGGGCCAGGUGUCUUUCAAGCCAACCCUUAAUCAACAGCGAACAUGUGCUAAUUGCUCAACAACUCUGUUGGAUGGAGACUUUACCAUAAAGUAUGAUGUUGAGAGAGGCAAGCCAAAUGAUUUACAGAUUGUCAAUGGAUACUUUGUACACUUUUUUGCACCGACAGAUCUUCAAAAUUUGCCUAAGAAUGUUGUUUUUAUAAUAGAUAUUAGCGGAUCAAUGAGUGGAAGAGAAAUAGAACAGACAAGAGAAGCACUUCUUAAAAUAUUAGAUGAUAUUAAAGGAGAUGACUACUUCAAUUUCAUAUUAUUUGGUUCAGUUAUAUACACUUGGAAAGACACAUUAGUUAAAGCCACUGCAGAGAAUCUGGAAGAAGCAAGGAAAUUUGUUCGUGCUAUUGACACUGAAGGUGCAACAAACCUGCAUGGUGGUUUAAUGAGGGGAAUUGAAAUGCUGAAUACUGCUUAUGAAAAAAAUAUCGUGCCCCAGAGAAGUACUUCUAUAAUUAUAAUGUUAACAGAUGGCCAACCUAAUGUAGGAUUAUCAGACCCCCAACAAAUUCAAGAGAGUGUAAAAAAAGCAAUUCAAGAAAAAUACCCAUUAUACAAUCUUGGCUUUGGCUAUGGUGUUGACUAUAAUUUUUUAGAAAAGUUGGCAUUGGAGAAUAAAGGAUUGGCUCGCCGUAUCUAUCCAGAUUCUGAUUCAGCCAUACAACUGCAGGGUUUUUAUGAUGAGGUGUCCAAUCCAAUGCUUUCAGAUGUGGAAUUGAACUACCCUGAAAAUUCAGUAUCUGACUUAACUAAUAACAACUUUAAACACUUUUACGAUGGAUCUGAAAUUGUGGUAGCUGGACGCAUUGUAGAUAAUGAUCUGAACAGUUUAACUGCAGAUGUGAAAGCUCAAGGUGCAGACAAUGAUGUAACAUUUAUUGCACAAGGAGAUGUCAAAGAAAUAACUGAAGCUCUCCAAGAACAGGAGUACAUCUUUGGGGAUUACACUGAGAGACUCUGGGGUUAUCUUACCAUUCAACAGUUAUUGGAAAAACGCAUUGCAGCUACUGGAGAUGAAAAAGAGAAUCUUACAGCUAAAGCCCUGGAGCUCUCUCUGAAGUAUAAGUUUGUGACACCUUUAACUUCCAUGAUUGUAACAAAGCCAGAAGACUAUGAUAAUCAAGCUGGACUUGCUGAUAAACCAAUAGAAGCUGAAGCAAGGUCUGCCCCAGUCACUCACCAAGUUUCAUCAGUUUCCUUCCUGUACAGGCAACCUGCACCUCCCACUUGGUAUACUAGUGUUGAUGGAGAUCCGCACUUCAUUAUAUCAGUGCCACAGAAAGAAGAUGCUCUUUGUUUUAAUAUCAAUGAAAACCCAGGUGCAGUUUUAAAUUUAAUAACGGACCCAGUUACAGGUAUCACUGUCAAUGGACAGCUCAUUGGAGAUAAAAGGACAAGCAAUAAGGCUAAGAUCCAAAACACCUAUUUUGGAAAACUUGGGAUUGCAAAUAAGCAUCUAGAUUUAAAACUAACAGUAACUCCUGAGAAAAUCACCCUUCAGAAUGGCAAUGAAAAGUCAGUUUUCAAUUGGCUUGAUUCAGUCAACCUGCAACAAGAAGGACUAACUCUUAUAAUUAAUAAGGAAAAGACUCUGGUGCUUUCCAUGGGUGGUGGUGCAUCAUUUGUUGUUGUUUUGCACCAAGUAUGGAAGAAACAUCCUUUACACCAAGGCUUCCUAGGAUUAUAUGUGAUAGAUAGUCAUAAACUGUCUGAACAAACUCAUGGAUUAUUAGGUCAAUUUUUCCACCCAAUUGACUUUAAUAUAGUUGAAAUCCAUCCUGGGUCUGAUCCCAAGAAACCGGAUGCCACAAUGAUUGUCAAAAACAAUGAACUGACAGUAACAAGGGGGUGGCAGAAAGAUUACAGAAAAGAUACCAGGCAUGGCCUUGAUAUCCCUUGCUGGUUUGUUCAUAACAGUGGUGCAGGGCUGAUUGAUGGAGUUCACACAGACUAUAUUGUUUCCAGUAUAUUUUGACACCAUUAUAAAUUAAUCUUCAGAUCUGUGUUAAGAGAAUAUUUUUCUGCAUGAGUUAUGCUUCCUAAUAAUCAUCAACUGCUAAAAAUCCUAAGCUUACUGUAUUAAUGUUGUGUUUGAAAAUAUCCUCAUUUUGAGCUCAUGAAUCAGGUUACUGAGUGCAGCUGGUCCACACUGUCUUCAUUCAACCAAUAUCUAAGAUCUGUGUGCUAAAAUAUAAUAUUUGAUCAAAUACAACAAAUAUGAUAUGUUGUGUUAAAUUCAUUUGUGAGGUUUAAAACUCUGAUUUAUUCUAUGUAGAAUAAACUUUAUAUUCAAGGUGAAA